CAUUCCUAUCAGAGGGCAAUGUCAGUGUCACGAACAAUAAAAGGCCAUCGAGAUCUGGCGCCCCCAUUGUCACUGAUGAGGUCGGAUUCAUCGAUCAGCUCCAAGAGAAUGAUGAAGACUUUGAGGUGACCAUGGAGGUCGCGUUUUACGAUAGACGCGUGUCGUCGAACGACCUUGGACGAGGGCUGGACGGAGGGAAAUUCAGCAAAGCCCUAGCUUUGGAGGAUGAUCCUCCUGGAUUGAGCUCCAACUCACUG